CAUAGAAAUCAGGUCCAUUUCAGAGUCUAUAAAAGGCGAGGGCAGCAGAAGCUUAACCCAUUAAACUCAGACAACAAAGCAGCCGAACCCUCUUCCUUUUGCUAUUGUGGAAGCAGUAAAACCAAAUUCGCUUAUCGCGUAACUCUCUCAGAUUCUAAUUGUUUUGUAGUGGUAAUGGCGGACGAAAAUCAGAAUGAUAUGAAGGACGAGGUGGCAGAACUUGCCCCUUUCGAUCCUGCUAAAAAGAAGAAGAAAAAGAAGAAGGCUGUAAUUGAGGAUUCUGCAGAAGAUUCUGUGGAUGAUUUGGCUGAGACAACUGAAGCACUGUCUGUCUCUGAAGGGAUUGAGAGUACUUUUGCUGGCUUGAAAAAGAAGAAGAAGAAACAAGUCGAAACCAAUAUAUUGGAUGAGGAGAGUGGGGAUGCAGGAGAUUUUGAUGAUCAUGUGGGGGAGGAGGAAGAAGGAGAUGGAGCUGUAACUCAACAACGUUAUCCUUGGGAAGGAAGUGAUCGUGAUUAUGAAUAUGAGGAGCUUCUUGGUAGGGUCUUUAACAUUCUCCGAGAGAACAAUCCUGAACUUGCAGGAGAUAGGCGUAGAACUGUUAUGAGACCUCCUCAAGUUCUUCGUGAAGGAACAAAGAAAACUGUUUUUGUGAAUUUCAUGGACCUCUGCAAGACCAUGCAUCGGCAGCCAGACCAUGUAAUGGCAUUCUUGCUUGCUGAACUGGGUACAAGUGGAUCACUUGAUGGACAACAAAGAUUGGUUGUGAAAGGGAGAUUUGCUCCCAAGAAUUUUGAAGGGAUACUUCGUCGCUAUGUCAAUGAAUAUGUUAUUUGCCUUGGUUGCAAAAGUCCUGACACAAUACUUUCAAAGGAGAAUCGCCUCUUUUUCCUAAGAUGUGAGAAGUGUGGGUCUGGUCGGUCAGUUGCUCCAAUCAAAGCUGGUUUUGUUGCUCGUGUUGGCCGAAGGAACACCGGUACCUGAGCUUUUUAGGCAAUGUUCCGCCUCACCUGUCAAUGCAUCAUAAGUAUGCUGCAUGGAGUUUUCUGUUUAUUUACUAAGUUGUACUUUUUUGUCAUGGCUCUAUAGACAAGUUAUUUCUGUGCAGUCAUUCCAAAAUGAGCUAAUAAUGCAUUAAGUUAGAAGCCUACGGUUCUCUUUUUCUUUUUCUUUUUUUGGGUUAAUGGCUUUCCAAUUUUGGUGGGUUUUUUUAGGUCACAUGACGUUGCUAGGUGAAAAAUUAAGGAAAAGAUUGAAUCUUACUAUAUAUUUUGUCACA